CGAGGCGUUCAUUAUAUCGCGUGUCGUUAGUGCGAACAUGCAUCAACCUGAGCAGGACUCCUGGACCCUUCCCAGCGCUCUCCCCUUAAGCUUGCUACUGUCAUGAACCCACCUUUUCAGCUAUCUUAUAUCAGGUUGCAGAACGCUCUGAAAGGCAGCCAAUACGUCGACCUUAUCCUCGAUGGCGUCCAAUAUAACAUCCCUAAAAGUCAAGGGAGCCGCGCUUUUGCGAGGCACUUCGAUGAGCCAUUAACGUUUGCAACUGAGCAGCUCGCCCUUUCAGUUUGUCGGAAGAAGUCUCGUUUCGUAUUCAAGUCUAAAAGGAUCGUCGAGAUCGUCUCGAUCAGUUCCGCCGAUGUUCAGUCCGGAUUGCAGGAGCACGAGUUUCUUCAGAUGUGGGGCGAGACACGCAUUACCAUCGGGGUCUUGAUGCAGUCCGAGGCAGCUCCGACUCCAGACACAUCCGAAUCGCCUGCAAAUUCUGAGGGGUUGCAGUCGACCACUAAAGAAAUAAUCAAGCAAUGUCCUCGUUUUCGAAUCUUGGUAAUUGGAAAGUCAGGUGUGGGAAAGUCAUCUUUGAUCAACCGGGUUUUCGGUGUGGACGUUGCGUCUGUCGCAAACGAUCAAGCAGGACAAGCGGACAUUGAACAGGAGAUCACUUCACCACAGAACGAGCGAUUUAUCUUACACGACAGCCGAGGCUUCGAGCCGGCCGAAGGCAGCAACACUAAUAAAGUGAAGUCGUUUAUAGAGACCAGGAAAAGGAUGCCACAUAUCAAAGAUCAACUUCAUGCGGUCUGGUUGUGUUUUCAAGUGCCCAUUAUAGAAUAUGGUCAACGGCUUCUGGAGGAGGGUGCAGAGGAGUACCUGAGUGGAGAGAACGCGGUCCUCGGAAAUACCCCGACCAUAGUUGUAUUCACGAAAUAUGACACUCUUCUGAUUCACAUGCGGGCGAAGAGUAUCAGCGACCCCGAAGCUGAGGCACGCCGAUAUUUGGAAGAGAAUUGCAUCAAGCCAAUUCAGGCCUUCACAGGGGAUAAAACCAUUUUGCAUGUUGCAGUUAGUUCGAAACCCAAAUAUGAGCGAGGGCACGAACAACUGACUGACCUCACGUACAACAAGGUGUCUGAGAGUUUCACCUCUCAACCAAAUACACUAUCUCCAGUACCUUUUGCAGCCGCAGGAGCGCAGAGGAUGGUGCCCAGAGUGAAAAUCGAGUCCUCCAUCAUCGUUGGAAAGCAGAGGUACUGGAAAGCUCUGGCUGCAAGCCCGAAUUUCCAGGGUUACACGAUGUUGGACUGCCUUCGUGUCAUACACACCGACAUCGUGUCAGUUUGGAAUUUUUAUGAUCCAUCUGAGUAUUUGUACAGCGUGGAGUUUCGAGAUCUGAUGAUGAACAUGGUUGGGAAUGUCGAUGCACCGGCAGCGUCAGCCCACCCAUCCACCCAUCUUACCAGUGGUAAUCCAUUUUCCGGGAAAACUAUUCCCCUCGUGACUGCAACGUUGGUAACUCUGCCAUUUGUUGCUGGCUUAGCUCUCGUGCAAUGGGCUUAUGAAACUUACCAGCAAUUGCAAAAUGCGCAUAAAAAAUUUAUGGCAUACAUAGUCGAUUUGACACACAUUUUGGAAAUACUGUUUGCACUCACGGCUAACAGGAAAGGAAAGAAGCUUACCCGCACAGCGAUCAAACAGGCUUUCAAUGCUUACUACCGUUCGACCUGGAUACGGGAGGUUCAUGCGGAGAUCACAAGUGUCGAACAUUGGAUCGUGCAUCGCGACGUGAUUCUUGAAAAGAUUACAUCCUUGAUCCCUUUAAGUGGUACGGACACUAAGGUGUCCGCGGCACUCGAAGGACUUGAAUUAGUUGACCCGGAGAGAGAUGAAGAGUGGUACGGUGCUGCGGAUGGUUAACCAGCCUGACUGUAUUUCUACUUGAGAUAUCCCGCAGCGCGUCAAUUUUGGCUUUCAAAUAUUGUUGCUUGCUUCAUCCCAUUCACUGCGGAAACGGGUUUUUAAUCAGGUCCGGAGAUAGUCGGGUCAAUGACAAUAACCGUUGUAUAUCCCGAGGGUAGCUACUCCUAAUAAUAUGUCUGAAUAUAGUGCCGAAGUGUUCUCGUUUCGGAGCAUAA